CCACUCGUAGUGACGUCACUUCUGUAGAUCUGUCAUGGCGUCUUUGCAACCGAAGCUGAAGCUGUUAUCUAGAUAGGAAAAAGCGUCUCCGAGAAUCGGCAUGGAGAAAAAUGCAAACCUGCACCGUGAACUUGGUGGAGGUGCGCCAUGUUCCAUAAUAACAGGGGAAAUGGGCGACACAAAAACACAAGGACUGGUGAAAGGAGCGACUGAUUGCUGCAGGAACUGUGAGCCUUCUGCGCUCAAUAACGUUACUUUGGUUACCAGUAGCGCAUCUUCACCGACAUCAAGUGACAAUGCUUGCUCCUGCAUCCAUAAAUCAGAAGUUAUUUCGGAAAUGUACGAUUCUGCACUGAAAGACAAGCAGGCAUGUGGGGGGACGUCGCAAUCGGCAGACCAACUUAGCAACGGAAUGGGACAUAGACUACCCCUUACUCCAGGCUAUGAUGGUGGUGCUACCUCAAAGUUGGAAAACAAGAUGGAUUGUGGUUCCACUUCUAGGAUGAAAGAAUCUACAGUGACUGCAAAUGUUGAUAUUGAGACAACAGGUUGUAAGACACAGGGACGGACUACUAUAUCGCCUCCGACUAUUCUGUGUGCGGACGAAACAAGUUUGAGAAACGUAAAAUCUGGGGAGAUAAUAUCCAGCGACCAUAUUGCGUCCGAGGGGCCGCUGAGUGGGAGUGACCCCAGUCCUGUAGGUGAAUCCCGGAGCUUUGACUCUUUGGACUCCUUCUCAAAUCUAAACUCUUGUCCAAGUUCCGACCUCAACAGCGAAGGAUUAGAGGACAGGGUAAUAGCAAACGCUCUUCAAAGCGACGACUAUGGGGUUGAUGGAGCUAAAGCCUCGUGCGCGAAGGACCGGGGCGCUGGCCAGUCCAUGUACCACAUUAAAUGGAUCAAAUGGAUGAAAGAAAACACGCCUAUCAUUACCCAGAACGAGAACGGGCCGUGCCCCUUGCUGGCAAUUAUGAAUGUCCUUUUGCUAGCAUGGAAGGUGAAGAUGCCCCCAAUGAUGGAGAUCAUAACCGCAGAACAAUUGAUGGAAUACCUUGGAGACUAUAUUCUUGAGGCCAAGCCGAAAGAGAUCUCUGAAGCUCAGCGGCUGAAUUACGAACAGAACAUGAGUGACGCCAUGGCGGUCUUGCACAAGCUGCAGACUGGUCUGGACGUCAACGUGAAGUUCACAGGCGUGCGGGUGUUUGAGUACACGCCCGAGUGCAUCGUCUUCGACCUCCUGGACAUCCCGCUUUACCACGGCUGGCUGGUAGACCCCCAGAUGAGUGACAUUGUGAAGGCGGUGGGGAACUGCAGCUACAACCAGCUGGUGGAGAAGAUAAUCUCGUGUAAACAGUCCGAUAGAGGCGAGCAGGCUGGGGAAGGCCUGGUAGCGGAGCAGUUCCUGAACAGCACUGCCACCCAGCUGACCUACCACGGCCUGUGUGAGCUCACAUCCACCGUGCAGGAGGGCGAGCUAUGUGUCUUCUUCCGAAACAACCACUUCAGCACCAUGACCAAAUUCAAGGGUCAGCUGUACCUGCUGGUGACCGACCAGGGCUUCCUGACGGAGGAGAAGGUGGUGUGGGAGAGCCUGCACAACGUGGACGGAGACAGCAACUUCUGCGACUCCGAGUUCCGCCUGCGCCCGCCCUCCGACCCGGAGACGGUCUACCACGGCCAGCAGGACCAGAUCGACCAGGACUACCUAAUGGCCCUGUCCCUUCAGCAAGAGCAGCAGAGUCAGGAGCAGAACUGGGAGUUCACCCCGGAGGGCCUGAGUGACCUGGAGCUGGCCAAGAAGCUCCAGGAGGAGGAGGACCGGCGCGCCUCGCAGUUCUACCAGGAGCAGGAGCAGGCAGCGGCGGCGGCCGCAGAGGAACAGGGGCAGCCACAGCCAGCAGGGGGCAGCACAGCUGCAGGAGCUGGACAAGCAGCAGCGGCAGCAGCAGAAGAAGAAGAAGACGGAGGAGGAGGAGCAGGAGGAGCAGCCAGUGUCACGCCCAGCCCAGGGAAACAGCCCAGCACUGGGGAGCGAAAGCUGAAGAAGGAGUCUAAAGACAAAGACAAGUGUGUCCUUUUGUAACAGAGGAAAGGGGGCUGAGUGCCGUCUGUGCUCACCAAAACAUUCAGCCCCCUGCCCAUGAAGACACAAACAAACCAACACUAAGGAGGAGAGUGGAGAGAGAGAGGAGAGAUAGAGAGAACUCACAAGAGCUUGCUACAUGCCACCUGUGCCUGCCCCCCCCCCCCCCCCCCCCCAAAAAAAAAACCUUCCCCCUUCGUGUUUUUCCAGACCACGUGGAAGAGCAGGGUAGGUUCUACAGUCCUACAGCUGGAGUUAUAGCUUUGAUACAGCUGCCCAAACUCUUCCACACUGCACUACAUUCAUGAUGGAGAAUUGGGGUCGUAGCAGAACAAAGCACUGAAAAACAAGUACUCAGCGUCAAAUCUCACCAACUCAUCACUACAUUUGUUUCUUAUGAAUGCUUUAAUCAUCGUUAUUUUGUUAGUCUGUUAAUAAGCUAUUUUAUAAAAAUAUAUGGACUACAGCACUUGUAAAAAUUGACCAAUUUAACUUAUUCUUGGUCUUUUUUUUUUUAAUUGACUGAGUGUCUCAUUGAAUGAGGCCUCUCCCUGCUGCUCUUGAUCUGCUGAUUUAUAUUUAUUUGCAUAGAGGAAAGUCAUUUUGAGGCUAAAUGAGACAGAAAUUUUAGCGAAGGCAAUAGGGGGGCUGGAGUAGAGGCUGAAACACUGACAGAUGGAGCGGGGUUAUGGAGUGUGUAAUGCACACGCCCUUUAGAAGGCCGCUCCUCCGUGCUUCUCGAGUGCUGGCGGUACAGUCGCUGUGUCGAGCGGAUCGCUGGACUGCUGUGCUGUUCUUCCACCACUUUAAAAAAAAAAACGCUUCUCUGCGUACGUUUACACGUUUCUCGCUGCUAGCAGGCGUUUUGUGUUCAUCGCCAAUGGGACCUUAACUGAAGGUGCAUCGCUAAAAAAAAAAAGAGACCUUGGCCCCGGGAACUGACGCGCGGUGAUGUCACCCCAGAGGGGCAGAGGUGUGCUGUCGUCUGUCCAGUGUGCUGCUGUUACAGCCCGUGCGUCUGCAUGGGCACUGAUGCCAACCGCAUGGUCUCUGAGACCAGUCUGAUCCAGGUUUGCCCCCAGCCCCUGUACACACUGCGCUGUAUUCUCCAUUCCCCACACCACACUUUUCAGUGUACUUCUCACAUUGUGUGUUGGGGAUCGUGGAGUGGUGGAAGUCCACACAGAAAUAACGUCCACAGAUGUUUUGAAAUUCGUGGCGUGGCUCACUACCUUUACAUUGAUGCUAUUUACAUGACGAGCAGCACCUGCCUCUGUGUCUCCUCACUGGAUUUCUCCCUCUGAGGUUUCAAAAUUACCUUCAGUUACUCGCCCAUCAUUACUACCAGGUCACCCAGUUGUCCCCCUUCAGUUGUUUGUUGUGGUGUGUCUCCACAAAUAAACUGAACACUCAGUCUCCCCUCAGUUAAAUUAGCUUUUCAGUUUUUCGCUGCCAUCUUGUUGCCAUUGUGUCUGUAUUAUUUCACGUUUCCUCUCAGUUUGAUUAGUUUGCCCCUUUUAAUUGACAGACGUGAGGCACUCUCAUUAACCCAGCCUGUGAAAUCCCACACAAACCACACCGUUCGGCUCCACAACUACCCGCCUCUACGGGGGUCACACCUCUGGGGUGCCUUCUCGAGCGUUUGGCCUGGCUCGUGUGCACCUGACACUACAUGCUGUAUGAGCCUAGGCCAGUGUACAGAUGCAGCAUGCGCACUACAAGGUCCAGUCAGACACGUAGCAAACCCAUAAGGGCUAUUACCCGUGCCAAGUUUAACAUCAACCAUUUGUUCUGGGUUUUUACUUGGACAUGUUCGCAGCUCAGAUUAAAUUGUGUGGGAAUAAUGUCUGUUUCCUUGCCGUGUGUGUGUGUGUGUGUGUCUUUGUGUGUGUCUUUGUGUGUGUCUGUCUGUCUGGUGCAUAGACACGGCUAGAACUUAAUGACCUUUUCUAAACGAAGGCAAUUUCUCCUCAGCAGUCCCAAUGCAGUUGUGAUCUCCGAGUCAUUGCCACACAUACAUGGCUUGGCAGCGCUCGUUUUUGGAAAGGAAAGCUUGGUAUUUGAUAACUUGUUUGUGCUGGAAAUUUUAACACGAGAGACUGCUUCUGCUGUUCAGCUUUAAGGACAUGGGUGACUAUAGAGGCUUCGGCUGGCCAUGUUAUUAGACAGAUUUUAAUGGAUAUUGAUGUAGAGAGACACAAUUAUCGCUUUGGGCUUGGUUUGGUUCUGAAUGCUCUCGAGCUCUGCUUUGUUUGCUUUGUUUCAUUAACAUUCUCUCAUUGUUUAACUUUCUAAAAUCUUAAUUUAUGACUUUUAAUCAUGGCAGAACAAAAUGAUGUGUCUAAAUGGCUGUGUCCAAUUCCUUUGCUGGCACUGCCACUUCUAGAGCUGUUAUUAUUCUUGGUCUAUACAUUCCAACUGAAUGCCUUGUCAGAGACAUUUAUUUUUAGUAUAUGUAGAGACUUGGGUGCAUGGGAACCUACCCUGGCAUUACCUGUUUCUUAUGUAACCUGGGCCUUGGGCAAACCAACUAUGAGAACAAACUAAAAGCCUUACAUUACAGGAUCUUUUGUAAAAUCUGAAAAUAGAUGUAUCAGCAGAGUGAGACAAUCUGUAGACUUUAUCAGAGGCUUCAUAAUCACUCUUGGGCCUUUACUGAGGGGACCUUUCCUAGUCUAAUAAGUGGUUCCACAUGGAUCAGCUGCAUAUCCCUGACUAUAUUUAUUCCUUAGUACCAUGAGGAUGCAUUAAAAAAACUGUGUGUGAUAUGUAUCUUUUUUGUUCUCAUGGUAAGCAUUGACGUUUUUGUUUCAGAUGUCUAUGGAUUCUUGUGUAUGUGUGUGUUCACAUUGAAGAUAGUUUAUAAAAAUGUAAACGCCAAGAAAUUGCAUGGUUAAUUUACUCAUCGUUAAUUUGUGUACAUUCUUCUCUUUUCUUAAAUUUCUGAGCGAUCAGUCUUCCAUAGGAGACCAUACUUCUUCCCCGUGACUGAGAGCUGUAUUUUCAGCUCUAGUGUGAAGACUUGCUUUGCAAUAUUAAUGACUGCAGUGAUCGAUUUCUCAUGGGAACUGGGAAAUGGAAGACCUCAUUUCUGAUCACAUAUAAAAAUAUCAGGACUGGGGGAAAUUCAUGGUGUUUCCCAGGCAACAAAUUAUAUAUAAUAUAUACUAAUUCUGGGUUUUUACUGCAUGUGCAAGUGACACCAUUGGUUUUGACGAAGAUGACAACAUCUGGAAUUUUUUGAAUUCCCUGCACAUAGAACACAAAUGUUUUUUUAGCUCUUUGUUGCAUUCUCGUGUCUGGAUUUUAAACACUGCAAAAUGGGGCAAGAAAUCAAUGUUAGGAAGUCAGUUUUGUAAAUACUGCAGCAUUUGAUGAGGAAACAGAUUACCAAUAAUGGUCUUUUUAUUUUACAUUUUCAGAUUAAAAGCCUUUAAGUUCCCUUUCCAGUUGCAUGACUGCCAUUGACAAUGUUCAGGCCAUAAGCACAAAAUGUAAAUGUUAGAAAUAUGUGUAUUUAUUAAGCUGCUUUUAAAAAAAUAUUUUCAUGAAUAUUUGUUGUUUGAGGUGGCCCCUCUUAAUGGCUUUUAUGAACAAGCACAACAUUUAGCCUGCAUUGCCUGCAAUGCCCUUGUAUAAAUGAAUCUUGUUUUUCUAUCGUCUUUGAAACUGCCCUUAAAGUGUUCGAGAGAGACACUUUACUUGUCCUUUUGUUAAAUAUAUACUCAAAGUUUGAAAUGCUUGAGACUUUUGUAUAUGUGUGUUAAAGUGUAUACAGUGUAAAAAAGAACAAAAACAGAAGAAAAAAACAAUCUUAUGGCAAUGACAACAGCCGCAAUCCACUAUACCUCUUCAGAGCUACCUCUGUUUCAUGACAAAGGAAAAAAAUGUAAUAGUCAAGCGUUGCUUCCGUUCAUUCAUUGUUUUAAUUUAAGAAGUGAUUUAAGUGUAAUGAUUUAGCAUGGAUUUCAUACUGAAUUUAAUGUUCAAAAUGAAAGGAAAACCUGAUUGGUGGCCCUUCAAUUUUACUUGUUCCUCAUUGAAUUUUAUCACCAUGCAGUUCUUAAUAUAUGGGAGGAAAAUCAUCCUCAGUAGCAUUUGUGAUGUGCUAUUUAAAAUGUCCAUUAAAGCAGUCUGAUUUAAGGGAUUUAAACAGUUAAAACAGAAUCGGAAACAUCGGCUCAGUAUCUGUGAUCACAGACUUUAUGGGCUGAGCAUGAGGUUCUGUAUAUGUUGGGGACAUGUGGAUUUGGGGUGUUGGGUGCAAAUUGGUAGAAAGAUUGACUGCACUCACCACUGUUUCCCAUAUAAUGUAUACUAGCUCUUUGUGGUUUCAUUUUUUUAAUGUCAACUGCUUUCAUUAUGUUGCAAGAGCGUGGGGAGUAUCUUGCUGCAAAGUUGAUCCUUGAACAUUCAGGCCUGCUCAUUAACAUUACACAGCCACAUGGAUAUGCUUAAGAAAAGCAAUACAAAUUAUACCCUGUAUUUAUCCGAAGAAAAAACUUUUUGGAGAAAUAAUACAGUGGAAUUGAUACCAUUUGUACUAUGCCAGUGAAAUGAAGUCACUUGAAAUUUGCUAUGGUCACAUAGGGUAUGUUAUAAUGGAAUAUAAACGGCUUUACCUUCGUACUAAAAUUUUAGCUGUAAAGGCAGUGAGUCAGGUGAGAAGCAAAGUUAUGAGCAGUGUCUAAAGUAUUUGGAAAUCUUGUGUUUUAUUUAUCUAACAGUUGUUGGGCAAAGAGAUCUAAAACUUCAUGAUUAAAAAUGUGCUUGGAUUUUUUAAAGAAAACCUUUAUACAAUAUUUGCAUGAAUGCUGUGUGUUUUGUUGUAUCCAACCCAAGUAAUGAGUUUUUCACAUUUUAUUUGUGAUACAUUAUCAUGGCUGAAUUUAACCAUUCUUCUUACUCUUUUUCCUCUUCCUCCUCUUUUUUUCUCUUCUUCCUCUGCUUCUUUUUCCUCCUCUUCUUCUUCCACUUCUUUUUCUUCAUAAUAGUUGUAAUAUUAAUUAAAAUAAGAAUAUUUCACUUCUGGUUAUCUGCUACCCCAUGCUUAUUCCUUUAUCUCACCUUUGUAUGCCUUUAUGCCCUCCAAGCAAUGCUGGUUCACUAUUAACAAAGUAAAACAUUCAAAUGUGGCAUGUCUGGGACAUAAUGCAGUGUCAACUCUUUUGUGAUUAAAAUGUGUUUAUUAUAUGCGACCAAAUAAUUUAUGUAGUCUCUGUUACAACAUGUCAAAACAAUUUAGAUGCUGGUCAUUCUUGGAUUAUUUUUCCUCUGUAUCUUCUGCAUUUUUAGUUUAUUUUAAAAAAGCCUUUGACGAUGGACAUUUAGCCUGAUAACAUUAAAAUGCAGAUAUAACAGCAGAAC